GAUGACUUGAGGAGCAGAAGGAGUGUAACCGGCUGCAGGGACGGAGCAGGAAGAGAGGAACAGAAAGCAGGAUCAAACACGACAGAGAACAAGAAGAAGACAAAAAUAGAGAGGAGGAUCCGAACCCAGCCAGGUGUGUUCAGGCCACGCCCCUUCAGGUAAACACUCAGGAGUGUUCCUGAACAGAAGGAUGGAUGGAAGCCGCUCGGCAGGAACCCACGCUGAUGAGGACACGCUUGAACCUGCUGAUUGGAUCUCAGCUUCAGAGGAGAACGACCGGCAGAGAGAAGAGUCAGUCAGUCAGCCCAAGUCCCAGGAUCAACAAAGUCCUGCAGAGACCAACAAGAGCCUUAAAGAGACCAAACAGAGUCAAGAAGAGACACAACAGAGUCCAGAGGAGACCCACCAGAGUCCUGCAGAGACUCACCAAAGUUCAGAGGAGACCCACCAGAGUCCUGCAGAGACUCACCAAAGUUCAGAGGAGACCACCCAGAGAUCUGCAGAGAAACAUCAGAGUCCUACAGCGAAAAACAAGAGCUCUGCAGAAACCAACCAGAGUCCUUCAAAGAAACACCAGAGUCCACAUAAUCCUGCGGAUAAACACCUCAGUUCUCCAACCAAACCAGAUAAACCAAAACCAAGUCUUCGUCCUAAAAAGCAACAAAAACUGAGAGAUUCUCCUCCAACAGAAAAACAGAAAACAAAAGAUUCUCCUUCUUUAAAAGAUCAACCAGAACCAGAUCAGACCUCAACUAAACAAGACCCCCUAAAACCAAGUUCUGUUUGUACAGACCAAAAGAAACCAGGAGAUUUCUUCUGCCCAAAACAUGAACAAAAACCAGAUGAUGCUCAGAAACACCAAAACCAGGAGGAUCUGUGUCCUAAACAGCAGAGACCUGGGGAGGACCCUCCUCCUCCUCACCUGAACACCCAGCAGGCUCCUCCUCCUCUCCUGCACACCCAGCAGGCUCCUCUUCCUCCUCUCCUGCACACCCAGCAGGCUCCUCCUCCUUCUCCUCAGGUUCUCACAUCGAUGACUCAUCCGAACGAAGACUCCACCCUGGCUCCGCCUCUCACGACAGAGGUGCUCUGUGAGCAGGAGCAGGGGCAGCCCCGCCCUCUGGUCUCUUUCCCAGGUGAACCCAAACUGUGUGGCUUCCUGCAGAAGCAGGGGGGGCCCCUGAGGGCCUGGAAGCAGCGCUGGUUCACCUACGAGGAUAAAAGGAACCAGCUGUUCUACUACCGCACACCACAGGACGUGACGCCGCUCGGCCGGAUAGAGCUCUGCAGCGCCACCUUCACCUACCCGCUGAAGGCUGAGAAGGGGACCUUCCAUAUCAAGACACCUGAACGCACCUUCAUACUCAAGGCUGUGACCCAGGAGCUGAUGCUUUACUGGCUGCAGCAGCUGCAGCUGAAACGCUGGCAGCACAGACAGAUGUCCACCUGUCCAGACCUGACAAACAACAACAACAACAACACUCCAGAGGACUUCCUGCCGGCGUUAAAGAGCCCUCUGGGUCUGGUGGGGGAGGGGGCGGCCAACGUACCGUCACAACGGACGCCGCUCACCAACGUGUCGCUCAAACAUCCGCUCAUCGAGAUCCAAAACUCGGUCCACAGUCUGCGUAAGAGGUCGUCUCAGGAGUGGAGUCAGAGUGUGUUUCAUGUAGACGCUCCACCAUGGACUCCACCCAACGCCACAGACACCAACAACACUACAGCUCCUUCAGCUCCCAUGACUCCCAUUGAGCCCCCGACCCCACCCCCCCUCCUGUCAUUGACUGAGCCGACAGGUCAGGUGUCCCCAGCUGAGGGCAGGGAGUCUCCUUCGCUGUUCGACAGACGGAACAGGAAGGCGAAGAAUCGCAGGUCGUCCACCAUGACGUUGUCCCGCACAGAGACGCUGCAGCAGGAGAAACAGAUGCUGAUGGAGGAAGUCAAAGCUCAGAAGGAGCUGGUGUGGAUCCUCCACAAAGCCUUGGAGGCGUCUCAGCUGGAGAAACGAACCUGUGCAGAGUUUCUGGCGGAGAAAGGAGAGCAGGAGCGUCUGGAACUGCUGCGACACCGCGAGCGGCAGGCGGCCGACCUGCGAGGGCGGCUGGAGGAGGCGAAGACGGAGGCAGAGGCCACAAGGAGGAGUCUGGCUCAGAGAGACGCACAGCUGGCCGAGCUGCAGGAGAACAUUGGGAUGCUGAAGGAGAAGAACAAUGCCAAGCAGGAGGUGAUCAUUAAGCUGUCGGAUCAGGUGACUUCCUGUAUGUCGUCAGGUGGUGGCUCAGACUCUCAGACCUUCAGACAGCUUCAGCAGGACGUUGAGAACCUGAAGGACGACAUCGAGGCGUAUAAGACUCAGAACAAGUUCCUGAACUCGGAGAUCUACCAGCUGACCAAACUGUGGAGGACCAGUUCAGAGCAGGAGAAGAGUCUGAUGGUGAAGUGUGCUUACCUGGAGGCCAGUAACUGUCAAGUGGAGAGCCGGUACCUGAACGUUCUGCGGCAGCUGCAUGAGACCAAAUCUCUGGAUCCGGUCCAGCGGGGGGCCGUCCAGAAGAUGAUCGAGGACGCUCUGAAAGGAGAGCUGAAGAGUGUCCUCAAGCUCAAUGUGGCCAGAGACCACGAUGAGUACGGCUUUAAGAUCAUCCCAGACUACGAGGUGGAGGACAUGAAGCUGCUGGCAAAGAUCCAGGCUCUGGAGAUCCGCUCACACAACCUGCUGCAUCAGGAGGCAGGAGAGCGCCCCCUGUUGAGUCGCUGGGCUCAGUACCUCGCCGGCAGGUCAGAUGAUGACCUCUGUCCCUCACCUGAGCUCAAAUGUCUGCUCCGAGCCGGCGUCCCGAAGGAGUACCGACAGCAGGUGUGGCGCUGGGUGGUCAGAACCAGAACCAGGACCAUCAGAGAGCGACACCCACAGCGCUACCAGCAGCUGUGUGAGAAGAGUCGGACGUCUCCUCAUUCAGCCUCCAGACAGAUCCAGCUGGACCUUCACCGCACCCUCACAACCAAUCAGCACUUCUCCUCACCCUCUAGCCCCGCCCUCCAGCAGCUCCGCCGCGUCCUAUUGGCCUUCUCCUGGCAGAACCCUGCUAUUGGCUACUGCCAGGGACUCAACAGGGUGGCAGCUAUCGCUCUGCUGGUUCUUCAGAGUGAAGAAGAAGCCUUCUGGUGUCUGGUGGCCGUGGUGGAAGCCAUCAUGCCUCAGGACUACUACACCAAGAACCUGGUGGCCUCUCAGGCGGACCAGCGGGUGCUGAAGGACUUCCUGUCGGAAAAACUUCCCAGACUGGCGGCUCAUUUUGAGGAUUACGGCAUCGACGUGUCUCUGAUCACCUUUAACUGGUUCAUGGUGAUUUUUGUGGAGAGUCUGCCGAGUGACAUCCUGCUGCCACUGUGGGACGCCUUCCUGUAUGAGGGCACCAAGGUGAUUUUCAGGUACGCUCUGGCUCUAUUUAAAUACAAAGAGGACGACAUCCUGAAGAUCCACGACAGCGUGGAGAUGUACCAGUACCUGCGUUUCUUCACCAAGACCAUCUCUGACGGCAGGAAGCUGAUCAGCGUCGCCUUCAACGACAUGAACCCGUUCCCCGGCCGCCUGCUGAGGAACCGGCGAGCGAUUCACCGGGAGCGCCUGCAGGCGGAGCUGCGAGAGCUGGAGGAGCAGCAGAAGGAGUUUGUCACGGAGAGUGCCGAACGUAAAGACAAAGAGCUCGACACCAUGGUCAGCGAGGAUGACGAGGAACUCUGAUCUCACUCACAGAUUUAUUUUGACGACAAUCAGUCGACACACAGCUGCUUCUACGUUAGCUACCUGAAACUGCUGCUGCAGCUGAACACAAGUCUGAUUGUAAAGUUAACAGUUUAGCUCAUGGAUAGUUGUUAGCUAACACAAAACAUGAAUGAACUACAAGCGCUUCUGCCCAUAUAGAUCAGCACUACUACUGUAAACCCACACAAAAACUGACCCAGAUUCACUGCUAACUGACACUUACACUGCUAACUGACGUAGUUACAAUGCUAAUUGACAGUUACACUGCUAACUGACAUUUACACUGCUAACUGACGUAGUUACAAUGCUAACUGACAGUUACACUGCUAACUGAUGUAGUUACAAUGCUAACUGACAGUUACACUGCUAACUGACGUGGUUACACUGCUAACUGACAGUUGCAAUGCUAACUGACGUAGUUACAAUGCUAACUGAUGUGGUUACAGUGCUAACUGACAUAGUUACAAUGCUAACUGACAGUUAGACUGCUAACUUAUGUAGUUAGAACACUAACGGACAUAGGUACACUGCUAAGUGUUGUAAUUACACUUUGCAUAUUGCAGAAGUUUCACUACUGACACAGUUAGACUGCUAACGUAUGUAGUUACUCUGCUAAGUGUUGUAACUUUUCUUAUUGACGUAGUGACACUACUGACACAAUUACACAGCUAGCUGACAUAGUUACACUGCUAACUGACAUAGUUACACUGCUAAUUGACAUAGUUACACAGCUAGCUGACAUAGUUACACUGCUAACUGACAUAGUUACACUGCUAAGUGCAGCUGUUCAAGUCUUCAGUCUCUUUGAAAUAUAAAAUCUGUUUUUAUCACACGAUGAACAAAUAAACAUAGGACAACAUUUUAUUGUUAAUAAGAUUCAGGGUUCGGUUAUAAAGCCUCAGAUAAUCAUGUUCACGUCUCUCCCAGAGAGAAUUAGUGUCAUCGUUCAGUCUGAUACCACCGUAAGCUCCAUGCUAAUGUUUUAUUUUAUUUUGUCUCAUCUGACUUUUUGUUGGUGAUAAACUGUGAUUUAUUGUUCAGCUCAUUAAUUGUUAAUGAGCUGACAGUGUUCUUAGGUGGCAGUCACAGUUAUAAAGUGCCAAGUGAGAAAAUAACGCUAAUGCUAACAGAAGCUAACCUGCUUUGUUUUUGUAUUAUAAGAAGCCAAAUAAAAAUAACAGGUUGACUCAAUAACUUUCCAAUAAGUCUGACGGUAAUAACUGUCAUGAAAAACUGUAGCUGUGUUAUAAAGUAAAGUAUUGUGAUGUGAACAGUCUUAGCUUCACACCUGCUGCUAACACUGGUUGCUAAUGUUUGUUUGUAUGUUUGUGAACCACUGGUUCAUUUUGUCUUCUUGUCAUUCAAAUCUUAUUUUUUAUUUUAUUUUAUUGUGGGUUUGUAAAAAUAUUCAGUAAAUUAAAGUGUUGGAUUUGAUUUUCCUGAUGACAUCACGCUCACGUCAUAACGUGCUCGACUGCUGAAAUUACAAACACAUACUUGUGGA